ACUGUGUUUCAACACUUCCUGUUCGAACAUUUAAUGUUGAAGGGUAGCCGAAAAGUAAUGGGAGAUCUAUCACUCUUGGUAGAAACUGUAAAUUUUGCUGCUAUAAAGCAUAAAGCUCAAAGACGUAAAGAUCCUGAAAAGACUCCUUAUAUAAAUCAUCCUAUUGGAGUAGCAAGGAUUCUAACAGAAGAAGGAAAAGUGAACGACCUUAGCGUUCUUCAGGCGGCAAUUCUGCACGAUACCGUUGAAGAUACUGAUACAACAAUAGAAGAGAUUAAAGAAAAGUUCGGAGAUAAGGUUGCAGGAAUAGUAGCUGAAGUUACGGAUGAUAAACAUCUGCCAAAGAGUGAAAGAAAGCGACUUCAAAUUGAAAAUGCUCCAAAAAAGAGCAAAGAAGCAAAACUGGUUAAAUUAGCUGACAAGCUGUACAAUCUUCGAGAUUUAAAUAGGGCAACACCGUCAGGUUGGAAUCCGAAGAGAGUUAGCGAAUAUUUUAAAUGGGCAAGCUUAGUUGUCGAAGGUUUAAGGGGAACAAAUCACCAAUUGGAAGAAGAGCUUGACAAACUUUUCGAAUCAAAGGAAUGA